AUGAGUGAGUCAAUGGAAAGUCGAUCCGAAUCUUCUUAUGGCUUUUCGAAACUGCUGGAAAACGACGUAAUCCGAAUCGAAGACGACUCUUCCAAAUCGACGAGUGCCGAGAACCGAGCCGUUUUUUCAACCCUUUUUCUCCCCAAAAUCUCCGUCGAGGAAUUCUACGGCAAAACAAUUCCUCCAAAGAAGCUGGAACUUUGCGCCAAGCGAGAUUUCGAAAACUACAAAAAGUGCAUUUCGCGAAGUGAAGUUGGCGCCGAUCUGCUUUUGAAGAAAAUCGCAAUCGACAAUUUGAAAUUAGCGAUCGAUGCUGGGAUGGAAGAAGAAGUGGCCGAAAGAAUGGACCGUCUCCGGCCGUUGGUUUCCAACGACUUGUGCGAAAUUUUUGAAAAUAUUGCCAUUUCCCCUGACUCGUUUCCUAACUGA